GAUGCUGUGGCCGGCGCUGCUGCCUUCUGGAGCUGCUGGAGCUGCAGCAGCCGCAGGCCCUUCCCGACCCCCAUCCAGCCCCUGCUGCUGCUACCGUUGCUGCUGGUGCUCGGGGCCCGUGCAGGUGUUCAGAUAGAGACUGAUUAUUUGAUUCAAAUCUACUUCGAGUUUGAAAUCAGAGAUGCGAUAGAGUUUGGAGUCUUUCAUUUGAUUAAGGUAUGGUGUGAAUAUGCGUUGCUUGGCAGCUCGGGUGAACUAUAAGACUCUGAUCGUCAUCUGCGCCCUGUUCACUCUGCUUACUGUGCUCCUGUGGAACAAAUGCUCCAGCGAGCGGCCCGCUCACCUCCCGCGCCAGCCCGGCCCCGGCCCCCGGGCGGACGGGCCCGACCAGCGGGCGGUGGCGGCCGCCCAGAGUGCCGGCUAUCCUCACGGCCCCGCCGGCGGCCAGCGGGACGAAGAGGCGUCGCCCCAGGAGCAGCAGAGGGCACCCCCCGUGGCCGGAGCACCGGACGGUCGCCGCGGGCCAGGCCUCAGGUACGAGGAGAUCGACUGCCUGAUCAACGAGGAGCAGACCAUCCGGGGCCGGCGCGAGGGGCCCGAGGUCUACCUGCCCUUCAGCUGGGUGGAAAAGUACUUCGAUGUCUACGGCAGGAUCGCCCAGUACGAUGGCUAUGAGCGCUUCGAGUUCUCCCACAGCUACUCCAAGGUGUACGCCCAGAGGGCCCCCUACCACCCGGACGGUGUCUUCAUGUCCUUUGAGGGCUACAACGUCGAGGUGCGAGACCGAGUCAAAUGCAUCAGCGGCGUGGAAGGUGUACCCCUCUCCACCCAGUGGGGGCCUCAAGGCUAUUUCUACCCGAUCCAGAUCGCCCAGUACGGGCUGAGCCAUUACAGUAAGAACCUGACGGAGAAGCCCCCUCACGUCGAGGUGUACGAGACGGCGGAAGACAAGGACAGAAAUGGCCGGACCAACGAGUGGAUCGUCCCCAAAGGGUGCUCUUUGGUGAGCGUGGCAGACAGAUCCAAGUUCACUAACGUUAAGCAGUUUGUCGCUCCAGAAAGUACCGAGGGGGUGUCUCUCCCGCUGGGGAACAUGAAGGACUUCAUCAUUUCUUUCGAUCUGAAGUUCCAGACGAACGGGAGCGUGUCCGUGGUCCUGGAGACUACAGAGAAGAACCAGCUGUUCACGAUCCAUUAUGUGUCCAACACCCAGCUGAUCGCCUUCCGGGACCGGGACGUGUACUAUGGGAUCGGGCCCCGGACAGCCUGGAGCACGGUCACCCGGGACCUGGUCACGGACCUGCGCAAGGGCGUGGGCCUGUCCACCACCAAGGCGGUCCGGCCCACCAAGAUCAUGCCCAAGAGGGUGGUGCGGCUGGUGGCCAGGGGGAGGGGCUUCCUCGACAACGUCACCAUCUCCACCACGGCCCACAUGGCCGCCUUUUUCGCCGCCAGCGACUGGCUGGUGAGGAACCAAGAUGCCCGGGGCGGGUGGCCCAUCAUGGUGACCCGCAAGCUGGGGGAGGGCUUCCGGUCGCUGGAGCCGGGCUGGUACUCGGCCAUGGCCCAGGGGCAGGCCAUGUCCACCCUGGUCCGGGCCUACCUGUUGACCAAGGACCGGGCCUUCCUCAGCGCCGCCCUGAGGGCCACCGCCCCGUACGGGCUGCCGGCGGAGCAGCGGGGUGUGAAGGCCGUCUUCCUCAACAGGCACGACUGGUAUGAGGAGUACCCCACCGCCCCGAGCUCCUUCGUCCUCAACGGCUUCAUGUACUCCCUCAUCGGGCUCUACGACCUGAAGGAGACAGCCGGUGAGAAGCUGGGCCGGGAGGCACGCGCCCUGUACGACCGGGGCAUGGAGUCCCUCAAGGCCAUGCUCCCCCUAUAUGACACAGGCUCGGGCACCAUCUACGACCUGCGUCACUUCGUGCUGGGCACCGCCCCCAACCUGGCCCGCUGGGACUACCACACCACCCACAUCAACCAGCUCCAGCUGCUCAGCACCAUCGACGACGCCCCCAUCUUCAAGGAGUUCGUCAAGAGGUGGAAGAGCUACCUGAAGGGAGGCCGGGCGAAGCACAACUAGAGUGGCCCAGCCGAACCUUCUGGGCUCCCCUGCUCCCUCUCCCCCUCUCCCUCACCUCAACGUGGGGCCAUUCGGAUGGGCCUCCUUCCGGGCCUUUUCUCCAAAAUGGCCCACGAGAACCACGCCCAGGGCCGUCGGGAAGCAUGGACGGCAACCAGCGCAGGAGCGAGCCGGGUCGAGCGGACGAAGGCGGGCCCGGUGCCCCUUGUCUACCGGACUUCUGGCGGGGACUGCCGUCUCCCCAAGAAACCGGGCGCUCGGGUGCCGGGGCGGGCCGGAAACCUGAGUCCGUGGCCUCUUCCGAUUCUGACCUUGUACUUGGGUGUACGUUGAGGGCCGAGUAACAAAUCACGCGAUGUGAUCCAGCGAGCGUGGAUCAAGGUGUCACCCAGGGAGAGGACCGGGCUCCACUUUUCAAAAGAUGUUCCUUUUCAGCCGACCGUCAGUCUCUCACGAGAGGGACGGGAAGCGGAACGUUUAUUCAAUCCGCAGCUCUUUUAAGCUUAGGGUUUUCUUUACCAAGUUUCAAGGGAAAACCCAAGGUCUGUAUUCGGGCUUCAGAGUUCUUUAACGGAAGCACAACUAAAAGUGAAGCUAGUCGACUGCCCAAGAUUUGCGGAUGCACCAUCUCUUUUGCGAAACUCCACCUGACAGGCGCUGGAGAUUUGAUAAUUGUUCCACAUUCCCUCCCGUCCCACCCUUUCCCUCCAACCCCCUGUUGUGAUGGGUGUUUUUUGUUGUUUUUUUUUCUCUUUUUGGUUAUAGUCUGGAAUUUUGUAUUGUAUUUCAAAUGACGUCUGAGAGUUCGGAAUAUUUGGGGGAAACUUUAUUAUUACUCCAGAUUUGUAAAUGGGGCUCAUUUCUGUAGCUCAUGGUGAAAUUUUGUUUCCACUGAUUUAUAUCGGUCCGGGUAUUUUUAUGUUUCCGUGUCGCAGUUAAUUUGCGGGGCUUUUUGUUUUUGUUUUUUAAUCAGAGCUGUUGGGUGGUAUUUAUAUAAAAACAAAUCUAGAUGAAGCAUUUUAAGUGGAAAAUGCCUCUGGGCAUUGGCAUUCUUUGCUCAUCCUUGGGCAUCAACGUCCUAGGCUGUUGGCUUACAUAAAAUGAAAUGUUUCUUUUUUUGUAUCUUUCAAUCUGAAUUAUUUCAAACUGAGGGCAGGAGGUCGGAAGAGAAACGUCUGGGUUUACCUGUGUGAGGGGCACCCGACACGUCUCUGUCCCGCUAGCAUCCCCUGUUCCGUGUCACAUGAACAGCUUUUGUGGCGCACACCUGAGACCCAGCAUGGGAGUCGAACCCUCUGAUUGGAAGGGAAAAUCACAGGCUGCUCUCAGUGUGACACUUCGGAAAUCCCUUUUGGCCGGUUUAAAUUGUAACUUCCGUAGUCACAGGUUAGCCGCAUGCUCUAGUGUGGGUAAUCCACUGUGACACCAACAGACACUAGUCAUUCAGUCCACAGUCCCAGGGAAAUAAAGUCAGACAAAAGAUGGGGUCAUUUAGUCACGAGUCCUGCAAGAUGGCCACCAGCUGUGUCUCAGCCAUCCCUCAGAACAGAGAGCUACUUGUAGAGUAGAACGAGUCUGUGGUUCGGAGCCCGGGGUGUCGAGGCAGGGAGGAAGGGCAUUUGCACUGAGGACAGGGCGGACCCGGGAGGCGAUGGGGUAAUCGUGUGGAGGAGGGAUGACCAACCACGUUGCUUCGCUUAGCCUAGAGUGGAAGGAAACCAAUCUGGGGGGCCGUGGGGGGGUUCUGAACUGAGCCCACUGGGAGGAUGUCAAAGUGGAAACCCCCUGACCACCUUGGUCUCGCCCUUCCCUCGCCCCCUCUAUGCUCCUCUGGAUCCGUCCCCACAUUGGGGUGCUUCUUCGGUGACCUGUGACCAGUGCCUUAAUUGGGCCCAGGCCCUUCCCCGGAAAGGAGGGGGCCACUGGGAGAGAAUCAUCUGCAAUCCCUGCUUGCAGUUUCUGCCCCAAAGGCCCCACUUUACAUUCCGUAGUGUGCAGGCGGCUCCCUCCUCUCCGCUCCGAACAUGAGGGAAAACGGAGCCCUGGUCAUUCAGUCCUCUGGCUUUCCUCAAUGUCUCCCCUCCCCCUCCCCCUCCACCAUGUGUGAGAGGGAGAGAAAACACCUCGGGUGUGGGUGGUCCCCAUCUUCAGAGCUUAGAGAAAGGCAGGGGUCAGCGGGGAGGGGAGUGGCGUCCCCACUAGCCUUGGGUUUUCAGUCAUUCAUUCAAUUCAGUCAUAUUUGUUGAGCGCUGUGUGCAGAGCACUGUACUAAGCACUUGGGAGA